CUUAACUAACCGUCUUUGACAUUAGUGUUUUGUCGAAGUUUAGGAACGACAGUUCUUUUGAUAAGAGUUGUUAUUUAUUUUAGUCAGUUUUCAGUUAUUGCUGAAAUGAAUUGUGUUAAGUGCCAGAAUUUUAAAUCAUUUCCGUUGACGUUAUGAUACGUAUGUUAGCGCGAUGUGGUAGAUAGUUUAAUUUUUAAUUAACAUGUAAAGCAGCCUCCAUGCUUUUCAUGAAUGAAAGAAGUCUGGUUUUAGUAAGCUGAUGAAAGGAAAGUCUUGAAAAUAUGACUAGAUGGUUCGUAUCCCUGUGCCUACAAAGGGUAGUUCUUCCUCUGGCACUUCUUGCAGGUGUUACGCUUCGACAAAAUGCCCUUUCUGGUUUAUACCUUUUCGUUCUAUUAUGGAUACCUUUUAUUCCAGUUCCUACAUCCAAGUCGAUGGCUGGAAUUUCUGGCCAUUUCCAAAAAGCUGUUGUUGCGCUUCCCUCAAUUAAUUUGUUGGCAUCUAUUGCAUUCCAACUUGUAUUGGCAUUUGGAUUUCCACCAUACGGCAGCCUCGUGGAACCAACAUGUGGAAUGUUGGAGAGGAUAUUAAGACAUGUAGGUCUAGUAAGACUUGAUCAUUUAGCUUUUAUCGACCGAAUAAUACUGAUAGGUCCAGAUGUUGUAGUGCUGGUAACCUCUAUUGUUGUCUAUACUAUUUCAUCAAAACUAAAUCCCCACAACUUGCUCACUGAUGAAAUGUUGCCAGUUUCUGAGCCUCCUCACCAUAACGAAGAGAGUGCCUCAUCGAAUGAUAACACUGCAUCACAGAGAAGAAUGGCAAUUUUAACCAUGUUUGGCAAGUAUAUCUGCUUAAUGAUGAUGUGUCUCGCUGGGAUCUUGAGGCCCUCCAUUCUUUCGGGCUUCUAUUACUUAUCGUUCCUGAUACUGGCUACGAGCUGGGCUUGCAAUAUGCAGCUUGGUCGAUUCUUCGCCUGGUAUUGUCGCCUCCUCAUGGUAUUCCUCAUGGGCCAUAUUAUCGCUCUUUACCUCUACCAGAUGGAGUGGAUUCAAGAAUUGCUUCCUCCUGACUCACCUAUUCCAAGGUAUUUAGGUCUGACAGCCCUUCUUGUGACUGAUUGCAAUGAAGAUCCCCGCCUUACCCAUAUGAAUACUCUUGAAUGGGCUUCAUUUGUAAACCCAAUCGUUCUCAUAUUACUUUAUUAUUUACUCUGCUUUGAAUCUGAUGCAAUCAUCAAUGCCCCGGAGCCAGGCACCAAUUUGGAUCCCAGACAAAAUAAUGAGGUGUUGACUGAAUCAACGCCUCUGAUCCGAGGAAGAGAAUCUUUGUACAGAAGGACUCCUCCAAGGAGAGGAGUGUUACAAGAUUCAAGAGGAAGUGGUGCGACUCUUACAGAAGUCUCGGAUGAUUUAAAAGCUCCAGAAGACACUAUAAAUGAUGUCCAAGCUGAAAGAAUCCCACUUCAAGAAAUAAAGAAUGGUGGACAUGAAAGACACCCUCGUCACAGGCAAGAAGCAACAGGCAUGUUGGAUGUUAUAAUCAAUGCUGGACUUACAAUAGCACAACUUCUUGCACAGUCAUCUUAUAUUGCAACAAAUGUUAUCAUGAUGACUUGGAGUAUUGCGUAUCACAGCUGGCUGACUUUUGUGCUGCUUCUUUGGGCUAGCAUCAUGUGGCUUAUGCCAAAUCAGAGAAGAGCCAUGCUCCGCUCCUCUCCAUUUCUUGUGCUCUAUGCAAUUUUUCUUCUUUUGGCCCAGUACAUUUAUGGUAUGAAUCUGACUGAGGAGGAGCUGCCUCAGACUAUACAAGGCCUCAACCUCAAGCAGAUAGGCUUUGAGAAGAUCACCCAUCUUCCUGUAAAACCGCUUCUCAUUAAGACACUAUUUACCCUCAUGUUCUGGAUAACAUUGAAGCAGUACGUCAUUGAGAAGAGGGAAGCUAGAAACCAGUCUGCAAUGGCUGAUAUUGCAGCACCUCUUCAGAUCGGAGUUGGAACAGCAACAGGGCUUGGUGAUGAAUCUCAAACAAGAACAAGCCAGCUGAUAAAAAACAUUGGUGAAUUUUGUCGCGGCUUGCUGACAAAGUUUUGGAUAUGGAUUGUGGCAUCUGUGCUCUUCACAUUUGGAAUAGUCGGAGAAAGGAUGACUAUUUUCAGAAUAGUUUAUAUGGCAUUGGCAUUGUUGUUCAUCCUCACUUUCCAGAUAUCUUGGACAUUAUGGAGGAAAUUGAUGUAUGGAUUUUGGCUAAUACUUAUUAUAUAUUCCAUGCUCAUUCUUGUCAUGACUUACACUUAUCAAUUUGAUCAUUUUGGCGAAUACUGGGAGCGCUAUCUACAUGUUGAUGAAAAACUGCAAAGAGAUAUAGGAUUAGAACGUUACGAAACAACUGAUUUGUUCUUCAAACUAUUUAUUCCAACUUUCUUUGUAAUCAUCACAGUCAUUCAGCUGUAUUAUUUCCACGAAGACUUCUUGGCUAUUUCAGACAUCAAGAGCAGGGGAACUAGUUCUGUCAGGAGAGCUCGGGUAUCUUCCGCUUCAGACGGAACACAAAAUAUUACUGGACAUGUUGACGAAAAAAUGUCUGAUGGGUCUCCACUUCCUCUGCCGCCACCAGGGAAACAAACAAUGAAUUUUAAAUUAAGAAAAGCUCUCAGAGAGAUGACAUUCCAGUCUGUUACCCACUCCCUUUCAAAAUGGUAUUCAAAUUUUAUUGAGUUUACUUUUUUGGCGCUUGAGCUUCAUAUUAUCAAAGCUGUUAUGCUGACAGUGAUGUUGGUCGCUAUAUAUAAUGUUUGUGCUCUUCACAUGCUGUUUGUAGUGAUGACAGUUGCAUCACUGAUGUUUGGUAACAAUAUACAGAUCAUUGUUGCCCAUUCAAUGUCAUUUUUUGCAUCUAUCGUUCUACUCGCUAAAAUGAUUUACCAGAUUGAGUAUAUAGAGCAUGCGAGGUUUAAUGUAUCCUGUGAAAAUGAUAAUAUGACUUACAACACUGCUAAAUGGGUUGGGUUUGAGAAAACUGGCAGUGAUUCAUCACUUGUGUCUCUAUUAUCAGGAUAUAUUGCUAUAAUUUUAAUAGUUACAUUUCAUGCUGUUGUAUUGACCCGGCAGAAUUACCAAAGGCAUCUGAAGGGCAGAUCUCUUGUACGGCCACUAAUAAUUUUCCCUGGCAUUACCUUUGUACAUGCUGAAAAGAACUUAUUGUAUUGUGUCAAAUAUUUGAUAAAUUAUGUCUUCUACAGAUUUGGUAUUGAGCUAUGCUUGAUUGCUUGUGUUAUAUUGAUUGGUACUAGAAUGGAUAUAUAUGCAUGUAUAUAUGCGAUAUGGAUCUUUUUGUUGAUAACACCAAGGCGUUCAGUUUUGUCAGUUGUAUGGCCUAUUCUUACAAUUUUCAUUGCCAUAUCAAUACCUUUUCAAUAUUCGUUAGUCGUUGGGCUACCACCAUUUCUUUGUUUUAAUUAUCCCUGGGUGUACCUAGAAGCUUUCCUUAACCAUAUAGUGCAUGUCAUUAUCAAUGGAAAGUCAAUAUCUGAUUUAUCAACCAUCUCAUACCCUUGGGAUGAAAAGUCACAGACAAUGAACAGCUUUAGAGAAUGGUUCUAUCUUCCUGAUGAUUUUGAUCCUCCACCAUCUUACAAAAUUAUCUGUGACUUUCUUGUGUUUAUGCUGGUUUGCCGCCAAGGAGUUGUGUUCAGGAUAGAGAGGAAACAUAUUGAUGGAUCAUAUCCUGGUGGAACUAACAAAAGCAUUGUGGACCAGAACGAAGAAGAGCAGUUUGUCAAUCCUACACCCGAUUUCAUUUCUUAUACAAGAUCUUACCUUGAUGUUGUGAAGAGGAUUGUGUUUCAAGCAUUUCUGUGGAUUACAUUGGCUAUAGUGUUCCUGGCGGGUACGAAUAGGGUCAACCUCUUCUCAUUAGGUUACCUAAUUGGAGCUUUCAUCUUCCUCUGGCAGGGAAAUGAUCUUUACUUGAGACCAGUAAAGACUAUUUUGAAAUGGUGGAACUGGUUGAUAAUUUUCAAUGUUGCUGUGAUAUUUAUCAAAACUGUUCUUCAAAUGUUGGGCUGUCUCUAUAUACAGUAUUUAAAAGACAAUGCAUGUUGGAUGGUCCAACUUCUUGGCAUAGCUUGUAUUAAGAAGUUUGGUGGACAAGCACCAACCCCUCGUGGAGCUUUUGAUCCUGUUGAGUGUGAGGUUUAUCAAGGUGACAUUGGCCUUUUUUGGGACAGUCUAUGCUUCACUUUUCUCAUUUUACAACGCAGACUGUUUAAUAGUUAUUAUUUCUUUCAUAUUAUCGAUGAAGCAAAAGCUAUGUCCAUUCUUGCAUCAAGAGGAGCUGAACUAAUUGAAGAAUUAAGUCAAAAGAGAAUUUUUGAGCAGCAAGAAACAGAAAAGAGAAUUUUGGAGAAGAUUAAGAACAAAAUGGAUAGGAUUAAAGCCUCACAAAAGAAAUUCCAAGGUCCAACUUAUAAAGAGCCUACUAAUCAUUUCCAAGCUAUCAGGUCAGGAGAUUAUUACAUGUUCGACGAUUUUGAAGAAGAGUUGGACAUAAUUAGCGAGAGUGAAUCUUCCUCAGAGGAUAGUGAUGUACUAAUCGAUAAAGAAAGGCAAAGCGUCGGAAGGUUCCUAAGGGAUUUCAUGAAAACCGACAUGGAUACCGCAGCUGACAAAGCUUUGUUGGUCGACGAGCGCGCACGGAAAAAGAGUCUCCUCCGGCGAAGCUCGGUCCCGCUGCCAAGUACUGCUAAGCCUAUGAAGAAGACUGCCUCCUCCCUUCCUGACUCACCUCAUAAACUAUCCAAAAUAAUGGAAGCCCUUGAGCCUAAACCAGGAACAAGUCGUGAAGGAGAUGACAAGGAUAAGUCGGAUGAUGAUAGAGAAAAGAGAAUUCAAUUUGGUGAUGAUGAUAGCAUUGACGAGGAUGACUUGUCAAUUUCAGAUGAACCCCUUCCGCCUUCAUUGAAAUCAAAAAUUAUAAGCGUCAUUAAAUUUAUUAUCGCUUUUAUUAACAGCAUUAUGGUAACACUUACAGUUUAUUUAAACAAAUUUUCAAGGGAUUACCGUUUCGUUAUGAAAACUUUAACAAUAGAGAAAAAACAGCUGAAGUCAAUCAAGAACUUUGGAAGUGGUACAAGGCGUGGAUCGAACAAAAUGUGGGAACCUCUCCCAAAAACACUAACAUUGAAAUCUAAAUCAAGCCCAAUGUCUAUGCAAGACUUUGAACAGGUCGAUGAACUAGACAAAAAGGCACAACCACCUGUCGUGAGGCUUUUGAUGGCCGUCUGGUACGUGAUAUUAUCUCACUCUGAACUUGUUUGCUACUUCAUUAUCUUUCUGCAUCAGAUCAGAUCACCUACGAUUCUAUCGUUGCCACUUCCCCUCAUGGUAUUUCUCUGGGGCACGCUCACAGUUCCGAGACCUUCAAAGACUUUUUGGGUUACCAUCAUCGCUUAUACUGAGAUAGUUGUUAUUGUAAAGUGCAUGUUCCAAUUUGAAAUGAUACCUUGGAACUCGAAGCUGAUUCCGGACAAUACGCCUUUUGCACUUCCAAGAAUAUUGGGUAUUGAGAGGCAGCCAGGGACAUAUGCCUAUUAUGACUUACUGUUAUUACUGGUAGUCUUUUUCCAUAGGUUAAUGCUUAAAUCCCUUGGUUUGUGGAAAGUUUCUACUUAUUCAACCGGGUCAAAAAGCUCAUUCGAUUCAGACAUAUCCGACUUGGAAAGUUACAAGACUGACGAAGGAACUAUGCUUGAUGGACCUAAGGAUAAAGAUAAACCUAACGAUAAGGGUGAUACUACUGUGGCAUUAGUAUCUGAUGGCAGUGUUGCCACUCCAUUUGAGCGACCUCAUUCUUCAAAAAUGCAAUUGAAGACUCGAAAGGCUUUCUGGCCAUUUAUCAAAUUUUUUGAAAUAUUAUUAAAACCUACUGGUAAAGUGACCGAUGACGUUUAUGCAUACAUGUUUUUUUGUGAUUUUUUCAACUUCCUUGUUGUGAUAUUUGGCUUCGCUUCAUUUGGGUCAUCCCAAGGAGAUGGCGGAGUGUCCCAGUAUUUCGAAGAAAACAAAGUGCCUAUUCCAUUCCUGGUUAUGUUAAUACUUCAGUUUGCAUUGAUUAUUAUUGACCGAACUCUCUACUUGAGAAAAUUUAUUUUGGGAAAGAUUAUUUUUCAGUUUAUUCUUGUUCUUGGUAUACAUGCCUGGAUGUUCUUUGCUCUCCCAGCUGUUACACAAAGGAAUUUCAAUGCAGCUAUCCCCCCUCAAAUGUGGUAUAUGGUAAAAUGUUUAUAUCUUCUACUUUCUGCAUAUCAGAUUAGAGUUGGCUAUCCUACUCGAAUAUUGGGAAAUUUCCUUUGCAAGAGUUAUAACUACAUUAAUAUGUUCCUGUUUAAAGUGUUCAUGAUGGUUCCUUUUGUAUUUGAACUUCGAGCUUUGAUGGAUUGGAUUUGGACUGAUACAUCAAUGACUCUAUCAGACUGGUUAAAAAUGGAAGAUAUAUUUGCUCAUGUUUUCCAAUUAAAAUGUCAGAGAAGAGCUGAGAAUGAAUAUCCACAACCAAGAGGGGAAAAGAAGGCUAAUAUUACGAAAUACAUCAUGGGCGGGGGAUGCCUCAUGGGAAUCAUUGCGGUUAUUUGGUUCCCAUUGGUGCUGUUCGCUCUAGGUAACACCGUCGGAGAGCCUAACCUACCCUCAGAGGUGACCGCGUACCUCGAGAUUGGUUCAUUUUUACCAGUGUACAAAUACACUGUCAGGAACAACUCUAUUGAUAGUAUUACUGCUCAUGAUUGGGAGAUUUUUAGUAAUGCCUACCAGAAAUCUAGAUCUGCUCAAACAUUCCUUUCCAACUAUGAAUAUGAAGAUGUUGGAGUGGUAUCUUUUGCUACCAAUUCAGGAAGUCAGUGGUCAAUAUCACCGCCUGCUAUUGAACUCCUUCGGAAAGAGUUAGCUUCAAGUGAGCCGGUCCUUAUCAGGUUUGGUUGGACAAUUCAUCGAGUGACAAGUAACCCUGAGGAACCUCCUAAGGCAGAGAACAGCAUCACGUCCUGGCUAAUGCCAAACGACCCAGUGCGAGUGUCUUUAGAAAAGGUAUUUGAGAGCGGUAGCACUUACGAAGAGAAAAUACUUCUGAGGAAUAUGAUGCCCAAAUUCAUCAAAGUGACUAGCAGAGGCACUGCUAAUCCAAUUGAUAAUUUGAUGAUUUAUGAUGAUGAAUCACAUUCUACUCAACUUUUAAGAAAUGUUUCUAUAAAACCGGUCCACAGCCCUACGGUCCCAUGGUUCUGGGACCUUUAUGAACAAUGUGAUGAUUCUACUUAUGAAAAUCUUCUUAAGUAUCUACCUCAUAAUGAUUGUGAAAAUAAGGUUGUAAUUUACACUUUCAACGAUAAAGCGUUUCCUGCAACUCUGAAUCUCAUCUCUGGAAAGGGAAUUAUCGGAUUGUACACCACAUUUGUAAUCGUCAUACACUCUGUAAUCAGAGGAUUUUUUACUGGAAUAUCAUUCAAAAUUAUGUUUGAUGACAUGCCUAAUGUCGAUCGAUUGCUCCAGCUAUGCUUGGAUAUUUAUCUUGUGAGAGAGAGCGGCGAUUUGGAUCUUGAAGAGGACCUCUUUGCGAAAUUGGUCUUCCUAUACAGGUCUCCAGAGACGUUAAUAAAGUGGACGCGGCCUCCUGAAGAAAUAGCCGAAGAUGAACAAGACGCUCCACCUGAACUAAAUGAUUAAAGAAUCUCAAUGAUCGCAGCUAUAAAGCUUUUUAAAAGUUUUAAAAUUUUUACCCAGCAGAGAAUAACCAUCUUGAAGUUUGUUGGAAAACUAACUUUAUUAUUUUUUAAAACUUAUUCCUGUUACUUGGGUUUUCUCAAGGAAAAAAAUUAAAAUGCCGUGCCUUGUCAGAAAUGUAAGGAUUUUAUAAGAUGUAUUAGUGUGGUAUUUUUUAUAAAAGGAAAUUAAUGUGUUGAAUUUAAAUUGUUUGGAAUUCUUUGAGUUUAUAUUAAAUUUUGACUUGUACUAGAAACACAAUUUUUGUUAUGAAGUGGAUUACUGUCAACAUUUAUUUGUUUUACGAGCCUAUGGAAGGUAUGUAAUGUGUAAAUGCUUUUAUGUCAUCUCUCGUAGUUACAUUUUACACUAACUACUGUUAUUGAGUUACAUUAUUAACAGCUCGUUUUAUAUCCUAAAUGUAAAAGUUUUAGUAUGGCUUUCCUUAAAAAUUUUAUCAUACUCUGAAAUUGUUUGCUUGGUGUUAUUGAAUAAUUAUCAUUUUUAUGUAACACAAAAUAUAUUUUUAUGUUAAUUUAUUUACAAAAUCAUGUUAAUCAAUGUUACAUAUUAUUAUGUUUUAUUUUAUGAAGUUUCUGUGAUAAGCUGUUAUAUUUAUAAUCAUUUAUGAUUUUUUAAUUUAAUUUAUUAUUAAGGUGGCACUAACUAACUAGUUACAACUGUAAGGUGUAAAAAUACAUUAUUACAGCCUUAAGUCUAAUCUUAUAAUCCAAUGCUUUGAUUGAAUGACAGUUUAAGGUAGAAAUAUAAAUUAAAAAAAAAAAAAGUCAACCAAUGUAGUUCCUUUUUAAGAUAAAAAAAGCUCUUUAGUUUAUUUAUUAUCAAAUUUAAGUUCUGAUAAUUAAUGAAAAGCUGAUGAAGUAAAGUGAGUUAAGUUGCUAUGAUAUGAUUUAUGGAUAGCAUAAUUUUGGCCAAAUCGAUAACCUUAAUACUCAUUUAAAGGUUUCAAAUCUACCAUCUGCUAACUUGAUAUGUUGUGGCUGGUUCCAAUUCGCACAAAUUAAGUGACUAAUGGAAAAUACAUUAGGUAAUGUUAUUUAUAUUGUACUGUGUACCAUUUAAAUUUCUUGUGCUAAAUGACAUUCAAUAAGUUAUUGUUAAAUUUUAGGAGCAGUUCUUACUGUUAUUAAUUUAUAUAAAAUUGUUGUAUUAAUAAUUUACAAUGGCAACUGUACACCAAACAUGUUUUGUAAUUUUCAUUGAACUAUUAAUGUUUAAUAAAUUUUUAUAUUAU